AUGGCGCUGACAUCCCGCGUCUCCCUGAUCGGCCCGCCCACCGAGUCCCCGGAGGACUUUUUCGUCGGCUCUAUAGGCGUCAUGUUCCCCGACGACGUCACCAACCAGCACGGAGACGCCGACGAUGGCAUUGAGUACGCCUCUCCGCACCUGCGCAAGCCACUGCGCUUCGACCUCGCAGAACCCAGCGCCGAUGAAGACAGGAAGCUAUUCAGCCAUUACCUGUGGAACUCGAGUCUGCAGCUGGGCGAAUUCGUCGAGGCCGGCACCCUGGGCUUGGACUCCGUCAAGUCGGAUCUGGGUCCGGUCGUGUCCCAUUUCGACGUCCGCGGGCUGACCACCCUCGAGCUCGGGGCCGGCACCGCCAUUCCGAGUAUCAUGUCCGCGCUCCUGGGUGCCGUCCGCACCGCCGUGACCGAUUACCCCGCCCCCGCCGUGCUCAAGACCCUCCGCACCAACAUCGACCGCAAUAUCCACCCCUCCGUCUCGCCCACCGGCGAGUUGACCGCAAAGGAAGUUCUCGUCGAGGGCCAUUCGUGGGGCGAGCUGGAAGAUCCCUUUUCCGUCGCCAACAAGCACGCCUUCGACCGCGUCUUCAUCGCCGAUUGCCUGUGGAUGCCCUGGCAGCACGCGAACCUGCACAAGUCCGCCGCCUGGUUCCUCCGCAACAGUCCUGAGGCGCGUUGCUGGGUCGUGGCCGGUUUCCACACGGGGAGGCCCAAGAUGCGCGGCUUCUUCGACGAGGCCGCUCUUGCCGAGGCCGGGCUGGAGAUCGAGAGCAUCUGGGAACGGGACUGCGACGGCGUCGAGCGGGAGUGGGUUUGGGACCGCGGCAUCGAGGACGCCAGCAUCAGGAAACGCUGGUUGGUGUGCGGCGUCUUGAAGCGAAAGGCAAAAGUUGACGCUGCGUGA